CUGAUUCGCUUCUCCCAGUGCGCUGGUGGCCGAACCCCUCAGAAAUGAUGUGCAAUCUGGCUGCAAUUAGUCCACGAGUUGCCAGUGAGGCAACGUUCCCUUGCCACUGCUGGCUAUGCAAUACCUCUCGGUGAAUAUAAAGGCCUAGCAUGUUAGAGGCUAGAUGUUGGAGCGGGCAGACAUGCAAUGGCCGCAUUUUGUUUUGAAAUCUUCCUCAGUGCUUCUCUGGCAAACAAUGGGCAGGUCCGACUAAUUCAGCUGCAACCUAUUGGAACUGAAUACAUGGAGCUCGAGAUGCUAUUCUACAGGGGCUGGAAGCACCAAACGAAGGGACGGCCUCGCGUGCUGGCCAUCUACAAGGUGACAUAUCCACCAUCAGCUCUUCAACCAUUUCUUGAUUAUAAGGAGGCCUUAUCGCAAUCGGGAUGUUUACCUUCGCAGUCUCGUGAAAGAGCGAUUGAAGAACUGCUCUUUCACGGUACAACUCGAGCGUGCUUAUUGGGAGAUACCCCUUAUAAUACGCUACCUUGCAAUCUUCCGCAGUGUUCCCUGUGCAAGAUCAUUCGUGAAUCUUUUGACGUUAAAUGUUGUGGACUCAAAAACGCAUUCAGCAGGUUCGGUGCGGGAAUCUACACUACUUCAUGCUCUUCCAAGGCGGACGACUAUGUGCAAAACGUUUCGAAGAACGCUCGGACGCGUGCACUUCUCUUGAGUCGCGUCAUCACAGGUCGACCCAAGGAAUUAGAGGGGAACGCUGUCAAUCUAACCGCGCCACCGGUUGGAUAUAACUCUGUCAUUGGGGUUCCCGGAAACGACCUCAACUAUGAGGAGACGGUGGUCUAUACGAAUGAGGCCAUACGGCCCAGCUACAUCUUUGUAUACGACAACACCCAACCUUGUAUGGGAGACGUGCGUUUUGACCUCCCGAUGAUGUUGGGACACGGAACCGUUCCCUUCGUCCCCGGCGUGGGUUCAACUCCAUCGGACUACUUACGCCAAUUGUUCUCAUUGCAAUUGGCACCCUUUGGAUUGGCACCGUUUGGUAUCUGAUCAUUGCUUCCCAGAAAUGUACAUAUUGUGCAUUACGUAUCAUGAUCGCUGGUCGGUUCGUUUGGAAUAUAGGAUCACGUAUUUGAGAACAAUUGCGUCGGCAUUUUUGACGAAGACUCGAUCCCCGUCGACAUCCUAAUCGCGCGAUGAUUCAGUAGAAUAGAUCGAGU